AUGGCCCAACCGCCGAUAGAGAAGCUCGCCGAGGAGUGGCUCCGCCUGGACAAGGAUCCCUCGACACGUGAUGAGAUUUACAAGCUCCUGGUCCACGGCGACAAGCAGGAGCUCGAGAAGCGCCUGCGGAAGCGCAUAGCCUUCGGCACCGCCGGUCUGCGUGCCUCGAUGCAGGCCGGCUUCUCGCGCCUGAACUCCCUGACCAUCAUCCAGGCUUCGCAGGGUCUCGCCGCCUACCUCCUGGAGCAGUGCCCUGACGUCAAGCAUCGCGGCGUCGUGAUCGGCAGGGAUGCUCGCCACAACUCGGACAAGUUCGCCAAGCUGACGGCCGCCGCCAUGGUCGCCAAGGGCAUCCGCGUGUGGUGGUACGAAGACACCGUCCACACCCCGCUCGUCCCCUUUGGCGUCGGCGAGCUCUCCGCCGCUGCCGGCAUCAUGAUCACUGCGAGCCACAACCCGGCCCAGGACAACGGCUACAAGGUGUACUGGGGAAAUGGUUGCCAGAUCAUCCCUCCCCACGACUCUGGCAUCGCAAAGGCCAUCGAGCAGAACCUGGAGCCCAUCACCUGGGACACCUCUGUGGUCGACGAGGGGAGCUUGCUGAUCGAAGGUGCUCUGGGCCUGGUCAGAGAUGCCUAUUUCAGGGCAGUCAGGUACUCGGCCGUUCCCGAGGACGACCCCCUGCCCAAGUUUGACAGCCUCAAGUUCGUCUACACGCCCAUGCACGGCGUCGGCCUGCCGUACAUGACGCAGGCCGUCAAAGACCUCGGAUUCGGGGACAAGAUGCACGUGGUCGAGGCCCAGGCGAAGCCGGAUCCGGAUUUCCCCACGGUCAAGUUCCCCAACCCGGAGGAGAAGGGCGCCCUGGACCUGGCCCAGAAGAAGGCGGACGAAGUCGGCAGCACGCUCAUCAUCGCGAGCGACCCGGAUGCCGACCGUCUGGCCGUUGCCGAAAAGGUCGACGGCAAGUGGCACCAGUUCACCGGCAACCAGGUCGGCGUGCUGCUGGCCUCGCACAUUCUCUCGACCUACCCCGAGGACAAGCCGCUCGAGAAGCUGGCCAUGCUCGCCUCCGCCGUGUCGUCCCGCAUGCUCUCGACCAUGGCCGACGUCGAAGGCUUCAAGUUCGAAGAGACGCUCACCGGCUUCAAGUGGCUCGGCAACGUCGGACUCGACCUUGGAGAGGAUGGCUACGACGUUCGGUUUGCUUACGAGGAGGCUCUGGGCUAUGAGAUCCCUUCUGUCGUCCGUGACAAGGACUCAGUUAGCGCGACUGCAGCCUUCCUCGUGGCCAGCGCCCGCUGGGCGGACGAGGGUCUCACUCCCUACCAGCAGCUUCAGUCACUCUACAAGAAGUACGGCCACUUCGAAGACGCUAACACCUACCUGGUCUCGCCGUCUCCCGACACGACCAACACCGUCUUCGCCGCCAUCCGGGCACUGGCGGACCCCUACCCCGAGAAUUUGGGGUCUCGCAAGAUCCUGCGCUGGCGCGAUCUUACUGUCGGGUUCGAUUCGGCGACCGAGGACAACGUGCCGACGCUACCGGUUGACAAGGGCAGCCAGAUGAUUACGUGCGAGUUGGACGGCGGCGUACGCUUCACGGUUCGUGGGUCGGGUACUGAACCGAAGAUCAAGCUCUACAUCGAGUGCCGGGCGGCAAGCUCAGAGGAGGCUCAAAGGGGUGCGAAUGAGGUUCUCCAGGAUUUGCUGAAGGAAUGGUUUAAGCCGGAGGAGAACGGACUGAAGUUGGCGUAG